CCGGCCGUCUCGACCCGCGCCCCACCUGCGGCGGCUCUGGCUGGACGGGCGUCGACGACCCGCCGUCGUCCUUCUUCGCGCCCGUCUCGUACAAGGGUGCCUUUGGCGCCGGCAACCUGUGGCUCGAGGACUGGUCGUACCUCGCCGAGCAGGACCGCCUCGCGACGAGCGCCUUGGAGUGCGGCGAGGAGGCGCAGGACGGCCCCUCGGGCCGCUUCGAGUACCUCUGCGGCGACCUCAGCUCGGACACGUCCCUCGUCGCGUCGACGACGUACAUCAUGUCGUGCCAGGUCUUCGUCCUGGACGGCGUCACGCUCACCAUCGAGCGGGGCACCACGAUCUACGCCAUGCCGGUCGGCAGCCCCGCCUCCGAGGCGCCCGCGCUCGUCGUCGAGCAGGGCGGCAGGCUGAUGGCCGAGGGCACGGCGGCCGACCCGAUCACCUUCACCGCCUUCAACCCGGAGGAGACGGACGACUCGACGGUCGUGACGGACACCGGCGCCAGCGUGGUGGACACCGUGCUGGAGACCCGCGGCAAGUGGGGCGGCCUCAUCCUGCUCGGCCGCGCGCCCACCUCCGCCGGCAGCUACGCCUCCAACUUCAUCGAGGGCAUCUCGGGCAGGCCGUACGGCGGGUCCGACCCGGCCGACAGCUCGGGCUCGCUCAAGUACGUGCGCGUGUGGCACGGCGGCGCCGCCAUCGGCGCCGACAAUGAGAUCAACGGCAUCACCUUUGGCGGCGUCGGCUCGGGCACGACCGUCGAGCACUGUGAGGUCGCCUUCAACCUGGACGACGGCUUCGAGUUCUUCGGCGGCACCGUCAACGUCAAGUGGCUCUCGGUCCUCUUCGUGGGCGAUGACGCCUUCGACUCGGACGAGGGGUACCAGGGCAAGGGCCAGUUCCUCUUCGCCAUGACCGGCGAGGACGGCAACCACGGCACCGAGAUGGACUCCAAGACGGGCGGCAACCUCAACUCGCAGCCCCGCUCGCACCCCGCCUUCUACUCGAUGACCAUCCUCGGCGGCGGAUCGGCCGCCUCGGGCGCCAACGCGGACGGCCUCAUGCGCCUCCGCGAGGGCACGGGCGGCAGCUUCGGCAACGUCGUCCUCGCGUACGGAUCGGGCAUCGGCGUCAGGAACGACGACUGCGGCAGCGAGAGCCGCGGCAUCACGCUGCUGCCCGAGCAGUUCCCCGACUUCCUCUUCUUCUCGCCAAACAACGUCAUCUACGGCGCCAGCACGCCCUUCAGCUACGGCUCGGGCGCGAAGACCUGCUCGAGCGCCAGCUUCGCCGCCCGCCUCGCCGACCCGGGCUUCGCGGGCGUCUCGGCCACCUGCCUCGACUACACCUGCCUCGGCAGCUCCUUCAGCCCUCUGCCCACGGCAGGCUCGGAGAUGUGCAGUGGGGCAAUCGACUCGUCCACCGACCCCUUCUACGAGGGCGUCGCGUGCAAGGGCGCCUUCGCGAGCCCGUCGGACAACUGGCUGAGCGAGUACUCGUGGCUCGCCUGCGCUGGCAAGAUGGCCGGCUCCACCUGCGCCGGCAUCGCCCCCUCCCCCUUCGCGCAGCUGCAAGCUGACGGGCAGACCAUCGCGCGCCUCGGCGGCGACGUCGACAGCGCGACCACCCUCUCGGCCGACACGUCGUACCUCCUCACGUCGCAGCUCUUCAUCUCGGCCUCGCUCACCAUCCCGCCCGGCACCACGAUCUACGCGAUGCCGACCGGCCAGGCUCCAGGCGAUGUCGCCCCGGCCAUCGUCGUCGAGCAGGGCGGCAGGCUGAUUGCCGAGGGCACGGCGGUCCGGCCGAUCACCAUGACCACCGUCCUCUCGGAGGCGGCGCUUGCCUCCUCGGAGCAGGCCCAGACAGACACCGCCAACCCCGGCCUCACCAACCUCGGCGAGCGCGGCAAGUGGGGCGGCCUCGUCCUGCUCGGCCGCGCGCCCACCUCCGCCGGCAGCUACGCCUCCAACUUCAUCGAGGGCAUCUCGGGCAGGCCGUACGGCGGGUCCGACCCGGGCGACAGCUCGGGCUCGCUCAAGUACGUGCGCGUGUGGCACGGCGGCGCCAUCAUCGGCGCCGACAAUGAGAUCAACGGCAUCACCUUUGGCGGCGUCGGCUCGGGCACGACCGUCGAGCACUGCGAGGUCGCCCUCAACCUGGACGACGGCUUCGAGUUCUUCGGCGGCACCGUCAACGUCAAGUGGCUCUCGGCCCUGUUUGUGGGCGACGACGCGUUCGACGUCGACGAGGGGUACCAGGGCAGCGGCCAGUUCCUCUUCGCCAUGGUCGGCGUCGACGGCAACCACGGCACCGAGAUCGACUCGAAGACGGGCGGCAACCUCAACUCGCAGCCCCGCUCGCACCCCGCCUUCUACUCGAUGACCAUCAUCGGCGGCGGCACCCGCUCCGCACGAGACUCGAACGCCAUCAUGCGCCUCCGCGAGGGCACGGGCGGCAAGUUCGGGAACGUCAUUCUGGCCAACGCGGGCGGGCAGCACACGGGCGUCGAGGUCCGCGACUGCGGCUCGGAGACGCGCACCCAGGACCUCCCCGCGCCGUCCGUCUCGAUCGGCCAGGUCGGCACCCCAGACUCGGGCUACCUCUUCUUCUCCAAGAACAACGUCGUGGCCGGCGCCAACCCGCCCUUCUCCUUCGACAGGGGCUGCCCCGACGAGGGGUGGCAGGCAGUGUACGCCGACCCGGGCAUCUACGGCUGCUUCUACGAGGACGGCUGCGGCGGCGGCGGCUCCGGCCGUCUCGACCCGCGCCCCACCUGCGGCGGCUCUGGCUGGACGGGCGUCGACGACCCGCCGCCGUCCUUCUUCGCGCCCGUCUCGUACAAGGGUGCCUUUGGCGCCGGCAACCUGUGGCUCGAGGACUGGUCGUACCUCGCCGAGCAGGACCGCCUCGCGACGAGCGCCUUGGAGUGCGGCGAGGAGGCGCAGGACGGCCCCUCGGGCCGCUUCGAGUACCUCUGCGGCGACCUCAGCUCGGACACGUCCCUCGUCGCGUCGACGACGUACAUCAUGUCGUGCCAGGUCUUCGUCCUGGACGGCGUCACGCUCACCAUCGAGCGGGGCACCACGAUCUACGCCAUGCCGGUCGGCAGCCCCGCCUCCGAGGCGCCCGCGCUCGUCGUCGAGCAGGGCGGCAGGCUGAUGGCCGAGGGCACGGCGGCCGACCCGAUCACCUUCACCGCCUUCAACCCGGAGGAGACGGACGACUCGACGGUCGUGACGGACACCGGCGCCAGCGUGGUGGGCACCGUGCUGGAGACCCGCGGCAAGUGGGGCGGCCUCAUCCUGCUCGGCCGCGCGCCCACCUCUGCCGGCAGCUACGCCUCCAACUUCAUCGAGGGCAUCUCGGGCAGGCCGUACGGCGGGUCCGACCCGGCCGACAGCUCGGGCUCGCUCAAGUACGUGCGCGUGUGGCACGGCGGCGCCGCCAUCGGCGCCGACAAUGAGAUCAACGGCAUCACCUUUGGCGGCGUCGGCUCGGGCACGACCGUCGAGCACUGUGAGGUCGCCUUCAACCUGGACGACGGCUUCGAGUUCUUCGGCGGCACCGUCAACGUCAAGUGGCUCUCGGUCCUCUUCGUGGGCGAUGACGCCUUCGACUCGGACGAGGGGUACCAGGGCAAGGGCCAGUUCCUCUUCGCCAUGACCGGCGAGGACGGCAACCACGGCACCGAGAUGGACUCCAAGACGGGCGGCAACCUCAACUCGCAGCCCCGCUCGCACCCCGCCUUCUACUCGAUGACCAUCCUCGGCGGCGGAUCGGCCGCCUCGGGCGCCAACGCGGACGGCCUCAUGCGCCUCCGCGAGGGCACGGGCGGCAGCUUCGGCAACGUCGUCCUCGCGUACGGAUCGGGCAUCGGCGUCAGGAACGACGACUGCGGCAGCGAGAGCCGCGGCAUCACGCUGCUGCCCGAGCAGUUCCCCGACUUCCUCUUCUUCUCGCCAAACAACGUCAUCUACGGCGCCAGCACGCCCUUCAGCUACGGCUCGGGCGCGAAGACCUGCUCGAGCGCCGGCUUCGCCGCCCGCCUCGCCAACCCGGGCUUCGCGGGCGUCUCGGCCGCCUGCCUCGACUACACCUGCCUCGGCAGCUCCUUCAGCCCGCUGCCCACGGCAAGCUCGGAGAUGUGCAGUGGGGCAAUCGACUCGUCCACCGACCCCUUCUACGAGGGCGUCGCGUGCAAGGGCGCCUUCGCGAGCCCGUCGGACAACUGGCUGAGCGAGUACUCGUGGCUCGCCUGCGCUGGCAAGAUGGCCGGCUCCACCUGCGCCGGCAUCGCCCCCUCCCCCUUUGCGCAGCUGCAGUAUCGGACCAUCGCGCGCCUCGGCGGCGACGUCGACAGCGCGACCACCCUCUCGGCCGACACGUCGUACCUCCUCACGUCGCAGCUCUUCAUCUCGGCCUCGCUCACCAUCCCGCCCGGCACCACGAUCUACGCGAUGCCGACCGGCCAGGCUCCAGGCGAUGUCGCCCCGGCCAUCGUCGUCGAGCAGGGCGGCAGGCUGAUUGCCGAGGGCACGGCGGUCCGGCCGAUCACCAUGACCACCGUCCUCUCGGAGGCGGCGCUUGCCUCCUCGGAGCAGGCCCAGACAGACACCGCCAACCCCGGCCUCACCAACCUCGGCGAGCGCGGCAAGUGGGGCGGCCUCGUCCUGCUCGGCCGCGCGCCCACCUCCGCCGGCAGCUACGCCUCCAACUUCAUCGAGGGCAUCUCGGGCAGGCCGUACGGCGGGUCCGACCCGGGCGACAGCUCGGGCUCGCUCAAGUACGUGCGCGUGUGGCACGGCGGCGCCAUCAUCGGCGCCGACAAUGAGAUCAACGGCAUCACCUUUGGCGGCGUCGGCUCGGGCACGACCGUCGAGCACUGCGAGGUCGCCCUCAACCUCGACGACGGCUUCGAGUUCUUCGGCGGCACCGUCAACGUCAAGUGGCUCUCGGCCCUGUUUGUGGGCGACGACGCGUUCGACGUCGACGAGGGGUACCAGGGCAGCGGCCAGUUCCUCUUCGCCAUGGUCGGCGUCGACGGCAACCACGGCACCGAGAUCGACUCGAAGACGGGCGGCAACCUCGACUCGCAGCCCCGCUCGCACCCCGCCUUCUACUCGAUGACCAUCAUCGGCGGCGGCACCCGCUCCGCACGAGACUCGAACGCCAUCAUGCGCCUCCGCGAGGGCACGGGCGGCAAGUUCGGGAACAUCAUUCUGGCCAACGCGGGCGGGCAGCACACGGGCGUCGAGGUCCGCGACUGCGGCUC